AUGGAGUGGGAUCCCAGCCGAUUCUUCCAUCCUCAGGGAAGUUCUUCGCCGUACGCUCUUCUCAUCCUCAACCAGCCAAUCAAUGAGAGAGCUUUUGGAGUGCUGAGCAGAUAUGCAUCCUAUAUUAUUUGCGCCGACGGAGGCGCCAAUCGGCUUUUUGAUAUGCCGGAAUAUAAUGACCAACUUCCUGACUCCAUUGUCGGCGACCUUGAUUCCAUCCGCCCCGCAGUGCGAGAGCAUUAUGAGAAACUCGGAGUGUCCGUCCUCCAAGAUCCAGACCAAUACUCAACAGACUUCACAAAGUGUCUAAAAUAUCUCAACGCACAUGCCGCGGAGAUCAUAGCUUCUCCCCGAAACGGAGCAAAAGCCACCAAAUCAGACACCAAUGGCGCAAAUGGAAGCACAUCAACCUCACCAUCUGAUCAAUCACCUCUGGAAAUUGUCAUCCUCGGCGGCCUAGGCGGCCGCGUGGAUCAAGCGUUCUCCCAAGUCCACCAUUUGUACAUGAUGACGCAGACGCAGCGCUCAAUCCGGGAAAAUGGAAGCGACACCUCAAGCUCUGAUGCCAAGCCAGCUGCAGGUGGUAACCUCUACCUCGUCUCCGAGGAAAGCAUUACCUUCAUUAUCCAAACAGGGAAGAAUACAAUCCACACGCCGGCAACAAGACGAGCAGAUAUCGUGACAGGGUCGGCAUCUGGUGUAAGCAAAUCACCAAGAAAACGGAAGCGCGGGCAAGAGCAGGAGCAAGAGCAAGAAUCAGAACCGGAAUACUUCUUCGAAGAGAAUAUCGGGAUCAUCCCCCUCUCGUCACCUGCUAAGAUUACAACCCAUGGCUUUGAAUGGGAUGUGGAGAAUUGGCAUACCGAGAUUGGAGGGCAGCUAUCCACGAGCAAUCAUAUCCGCGCCGAUAGGGUCGAGGUUGAGACCUCUGUGCCGGUUUUGUUCACUGUGGAGUUGGCGGAGAGGUUGAAGAGGUGA